ACCGAAUUCACUCUGAGCUCUCUUUUCUCUCCGACGGCAGAUAAGCAGCAAAUUUACUUCUGGUCGGAGAAUAUAGUAGUUAGUCACUUGAAAAAAAAAAAUGCUUCGGUCUCGUCUUCGCCCUCUCCCCGCCUUAUCUCACCUUUCAUCGACGGAUGACCCGCGCGAUGAUGAUGCUGCCGCGGCCGCGGCCGCCGAAGAUGAAGCCGAAGACAUCUUCGCGGCUUUUCUCCCCCACCUCUUACCCGACGAUGCACCCCAGUUCCACGGCGACCCGGGCCAAUGUCUCCUCUACUCCUCGCCGCGUUACGGUGAUCUGACCAUCCAAGUUCCGUCCUACCCAGAUCAAAAGAGUGGGAGUGCAUCCAGUAGUAGCCCGCCAGAGAGUGACUCGGUCGCAUCGGCCGGGAUUGUAAUAGACUCAACCUCCGACUCAGGUCAAGUUAGCGCACAGAGGAGUUUAUUCGCUCAUUUCCUGUGGAGUGCCGGUCUGGUGGUUGCGGAGGCUGUCGAGGAUGCUCAUGCUGGCCACGAACAUGUCGACGAGAUGUGGAAGGUAGAAGGAGAGAAAGUCCUGGAAUUAGGCGCUGGCGCUGCACUCCCAUCGAUAGUCUCGAUCCUUGCGGGCGCUGCAGAAGUGACCAUCACAGACCAUCCCUCGUCGCCUGCUCUGAGGGGUGCAAUUGCGUUCAACCUGAAACGCAACAUCCCGGCAACGAACGGAUGUGCGGUCUCCAUCCAGCCCCAUGAAUGGGGGACUCUGGCCUCGGACUCCUGGGCGGUGGCGAACCAAGGCCAAUUCACACGCAUCAUCGCAGCCGAUUGCUUCUGGAUGACGUCGCAGCAUAAGAACCUGGCACAAACGAUGAAGUGGUUCCUUGCCCCGGAAGGGAGAAUCUGGCUCGUUGCGGGACUUCAUACGGGACGGUCGGUUGUUGUGGACUUUCUGAAGACAGUGGUGAAGAUGGGCCUGGAGGUUGACACGAUCUAUGAGCGGGAUCAUAACACGAGUUGGACAGAGGGCGAUGGCGAGAUCAGACGAGAUUGGGCUGAGUUUAGGGAGGAGGAAGGGCCCGAGAACAGAUCGAGGUGGUGCAUUGUUGCUCGAUUGAAACACGCUGGUUAGUUCAUAUAUAACCAUCAGGAAGGGCGGGAUUAUGGAUUAUAGAUCCAGACGAAGGUAAUCUCUUCUCCUAUAGUUCAAUGAAUGAAUGCUCC